GCCUAUUAGUAGUUACAAUGCAACGGAUGAUCUCCCCCGUAAUCGUCGUGACAAGAUUUCAUGUGAAUCCGAGGAGAGUGAGUUUGUUCUUGGUGAGUUUUUGAUUGCCGAAAGCAAUGAAGAGGAUCUUCGUUUGGAAGUGGUGCGAGUUCUUGCCGAGUGGUGUCUACUUCGUCCGCUUACUCCUGCAGUUCUGCAGGCACUGAGCACACAAGAGAUUGAGAGAAGAUGGCGAACUCUGCGACUUACACUUCGAUGCAGAAAGUUGCCUGCAGAGGAUGAAUGUCCCUCCUCAACGCUUAUUGAAUAUCUCAAUGGAAUCGCUACUCGUGCCAGAGUGAAAUAA